CUUCGUAGGAUAGAGAAAGGGGAUGUAUGGUCACAAAUACAUGCAUGUACGGCCUGGCUUCCAUUUCAUCAACUUAAGCCACAAAAUAUUACUAGCAACAUUUUCAGUGGUACCUAUUGCACUCUGCUAUUCAUCUUUUAGCUAAAACACCAAAAAUGGCAGAACAAGUUAACAACAAACAGAUAGUAUUUAAAGAUUAUGUGAACGGGUUCCCAAAGGAAUCCGACAUGCUUCUCAAAACAUCAAACACCAUUAGCCUUAAGCUUCCACAUGGUUCAAAUGGUGUUCUUGUUAAGAAUCUUUAUUUGUCGUGUGAUCCUUACAUGCGUACCCGGAUGAGCAAAACUGAACACGGUUACAUUGACUCUUUCACUCCUGGUUCGCUUAUAGUUGGAUUAGGAGUUGCUAAAGUCCUUGAUUCUGGGAAUUCGAACUUUGAGAAGGGCGAUCUAGUUUGGGGUGUAACUGGAUGGGAAGAAUACAGCGUUAUUAAUGCUCCAGAGGCUUUAAACAAGAUUCAACAUACUGAUGUGCCUCUAUCUUAUUAUACAGGAAUUCUUGGUAUGCCUGGUGUGACUGCUUAUGUCGGUUUCUAUGAGAUUUGUGCUCCAAAGAAAGGGGAGUAUGUCUUUGUUUCAGCAGCUUCAGGUGCAGUCGGUCAGCUCGUUGGACAGUUUGCAAAAUUGUGCGGAUGUUAUGUUGUUGGGAGUUCCGGUACACAAGAAAAGGUUGAUCUGUUAAAGAAUAAACUUGGAUUCGAUGCGGCUUUUAACUACAAGAAAGAGCAAGAUCUUGAUGCAGCUCUAAAGAGGUACUUUCCCAAUGGAAUUGAUAUUUACUUCGAAAAUGUUGGUGGGGAAAUGUUGGAGGCAGUACUCUUGAAUAUGAGAUUCAAUGGUCGAAUUGCAGCAUGCGGAAUGAUCUCACAGUACAACGACCAAGGGGAUGGGGUGAGCAACCUAUUUCACAUAGUAACAAAAAGUGUGCGGAUGCAAGGAUUCCUUGCCUAUCAUUACGAUCACCUGUAUCCAAAGUAUUUUGAUAUGGUUUUACCCCUUAUAAAAAAUGGAACAAUCAAUUACAUCGAAGACAUUGCAGAGGGGCUAGAGAGUGCACCUACGGCUUUGGUUGGACUGUUUUCAGGUAAAAAUGUCGGGAAGCAAGUCGUGGUCCUUGCCCGUGAAUGAUAUAAUAUCUAAAUAUUUUUUUUGUCUUAUUUUUCAUCUUUGGAUGCUAUGUACAUUGUACACGUAGAUAUAAGUAUUCAUAUCCAUAUCCAUAUAUCCAUUAGUUAGUCAAGUAAUGGAGGAACGCCAGACAAGCGGAGCAGUUGUUGUUCUGCACCGGGCCGACAACUUAGUGGACGCCAACGCCAAAUUGCCCGUACCCCCAUGUUCUAAUAAUAUUUAGACCUGUAUCUACUCACUACAUAGAGUUACUAAUAAAUUAUGGGUAUAUUAUGUGUCAA